AUGAGGGUUACUAGAUCUAAACUUGAUUCUAAAACUGGUGAAAACUCUUCAACUAUGUCUACAAUAGUUUCAAAAUUUAGUAUAAUCAUUAAAGAUGCUGAUUUAGAAGAUACAACUAUCAAAGAUAUCAAUUUGAAAGAAGUGUUUAAGCCAAAAAUCAUAAGCUCAGAAAAAAGAACAGAAUCCACUAAAGAACAUGAUCAGGAAUUACUUUUAUGUAAAACCUCUAUAUCUCAAAUAAAGCUAUUAUUUGCCAAUAUUUAUAAAUUGAAAUUGAUUGAUAACAUCAAUAAUAUUACAACACAAUUAGUCUCUUCUACAGAUGAACAAAACACAGCAUUUACAGCAUAUAAUAUAUCACGAUCAGUCUCUUCUAUAGAUGAACAAAAUAUGGUAUCUAUAGUACACACUGCAUUACGAUCAGUCUUUUUUAUGGAUGAACAAAAUACGACAUUUACAACAUCUAUUGAUUGCAUUAAUUUUAAUAAUUUAGCACCAAUGUUUAUUGCAUUUGUUUAA